AUGAAGACCACCAUCACCGCCAUCCUCGCCCUCGCUGGCGCUGCCACCGUGGCCGCCGCCGAUUUCCCUUCCAACAUGCCUGCCUGUGGCAGAACUUGCGGCACGGCCAUGCUUGGAAAGGCUUCCGAGUUCAAGUGCAAGGCCGAGGACAUUGCUUGCCUGUGCAAGGACAGCAACUUCGUCUGGGGUAUCCGCGACUGCUCAAUGGAGUCCUGCGGCAGUGUUGAUGACGCCAACGUGGCCAUCAACUGGGGCAACAAGAUCUGCGCAGACGCUGGUUCCCCUGCCGGUGUUCCCCCCGCUGAUGGCGUUGCCAGCUCCACGGGCGGUUCGGGCGGCUCUCCCACCAAGACGGGCGAUGGUGCUGCCACCACUACCGGCUCCGGUUCCGACGACGGCGACAACGGCGACGCCACCACUACCGGCUCCGGCUCCGGCGACGACGCCAACGAGACUGGUGAUGCCACUGCCAUUACCACCAGCACCUGGACCUCGACCUUCACCAGCGACGACGCCACCAGCACCGCCACUGGCACGACCACCAUUUCGGGCGUCAACGGCGGGCCGGAUGAUUCCAGUGACGCCCCGGAGAGCACCGUCACUUCUCCCAUCGUCUCGACCCACACUGGAGAGUCGACGACCUUCACAACCACUAUCGGCUCGACCACUAUUGCUGGCGGCGAUGAUGCUGAGGGCACCCAGCCCUCUGACAACAACGGCGCGACGAGCACCAGCACCGCUCUGGGUGCCCAUAUGACUGCGGCCCCGGCUUUCGGCUUCAUCGCCGCCGCCGGUAUCGCGGCUGCCUUCCUCUAA